AGAUCAGGAUCAGAUUCAGAUUGUCUGUCAAUUCAAUUCCAAAUGCCAGCCACUCCUAUGAAUUUAUUGGAAUAAUUUCCCAACCCCAACAUUUGGUGUGUCUUUUCCAACUUAAAGAUUAGUAAUCGUCCGAAAAUUUGUCUACAAAAUGUCUGUGGCAGAGUUUUUGAAAGGUCUCCCUUCCUACAAUGAAAAAAAUUUCUCUCGGUUCCACACUGACAGUGGCAGCCGAUCAUGUGCCAAAAGACCUUCAGUUUACCUUCCAACAAAAGACUACCCUUCUGAACAGAUUAUUGUAACAGAAAAGACAAAUAUUCUGCUGAGAUACCUGCAUCAACAAUGGGACAAAAAGAACGCCUUAAAGAAACGGGACCAUCUGAACAUUGACUCUAGUGAAGAGAACACUUCCAAUAAGAAGAGACGUCUCGAAACCUCCCCUUGAACGUGAACAAGGUGUCGUUUUGUUUAAAUGCUGAGAACAUUUUAUUAUAUAAUGCAUAUCAGUAUGUUUCUGUAAAUUUUCUUUUGAGAUUUCAAAUUAUUUACAUAUUAUGCUUUAAGAAUUGUUUUUUAUAGUAAAAUUACAACUAACGUUUUGUGCAUUUACGUCUAAUUGUAGUCUGUUUGUAAUUUACUUGCUACUCCAGGUUUUGUAAUUUGAAACUAAAAGGUUUGAUGAAUUUUGCUUUGUUACCCACUUAAAGGGUAUCUCAGUUCCUAAUGUAAACACCAUAAUAUUGUUCAGUAAUAUUUUGUCGGGAAGAAACUAAAUUGGUGGUUUAUGGAGUAAAAGUCAAGUGAGAACAAACAUUUAAAGGUAUCUUAGUACUAAUAUUUAUCCAAACAUAAAAAGUUUUAGGUUUCCAUUAUCAGGCUACACAUCUAUAAAAAAAACUUUACUGCAAUAGGCUAGCACAAUUUGUUGAAUAAUUAGUUUUUAAGUACGGGUAGGCCAUUAAGUUAUUUCAGUAGAUAAUUGGACAAUUAAAAAUUUUAAAUGUAAUAACUUUGGCCAUAGUAGGUAUUAGUGGUGGAUUUAAUAAAAUUGAAAAUUUGUUACAUUGUGCUUAUUACUAGAUCUGUAAUAAGAUUUGUGACAUUGAGAGUUUCUUCAGUUAGAUCACAACGAGGAUUGUUUAAUGUUUUAGUUAACUUGCCAAUCUAAAACGGCAUUUGAUAUCAAAUCAGAGACACAUGUGUGCCUCUCAUAGCCAACUCAAUUUGAUUUAACUUCUCAGUUACAGUAAAAAAAUGAAUUGUAUUCAGACAAACUCAAAUUGCUGAAAAAAUACCAACAAUUACCUGCUAAAAGUAGAAUAAAAUUUGCUUUCAUAAUGUUUUAGCUAGUUAUAAUUUUGUCUCAUGUUAUUGGGGAUACCAGUGUAUAAGUGUUGAAAUCGUUCAGCUUAUAUUAACAUGAUUGUAUUAUAGUUUUUCUUGUUCUGAUUGAUUUACUCAGUUUUUUUUUUUAGUUAUUAUGACUAGUGACAUUCCCUAAUAAUAAUUUUACUUUGUGUUUACUUUUCUUUGUUUAAUUUAGCAGUGGUUUGAUUUUGUGUUGUACACUGAAACAUCUCAAUUGUUAUUCAUUGUCUACACUUAUUUAUUAUGUGUUAUGUUUGUGAAGUUUGAAAUGUGGUGGAGUUUGUUUGCAGUCAAUUUAACAGUCAACAGUCUUAUUUGGAAGUGUUUACAGUUAUUCUGGUCUUAUGCUUUAUAGGCCAGCCCAGUUCUGUAAUUAUUUUGUAUAUUUAUUUAUAAUAAUAUUUAGGUAUAGUUUAAAGUAAUCUUGUUCGGGUGUCAACAUUUCUUUGUAAUUCAUCUUUUAAGAAUAUAAUUGUAAAUUUA